AUGGAGAAGAUCCUUGCGCCUCUGCAUGCGGCAAUUGGCACCAUAUGCCAGCCCGGGCCCCAUGCGGGCGCGCCGCCUGAAAUCGCGAUCCACGCGCUGCGAGCCAGCGUGGCGACGCUUGCCGCGGCACAUCCGCAGCUGCAGCAGGCCGAGGCUGAGGGC